CCACAAUCGGACCUAUUAAAAGACGACUGAGAGCUCGCCAUGCACCGUACCCUAAUCCAGCGACCAUCAGACGUUCGCAAAGAAUUCAAGCUCAGAAUAAUAUGCCAACUGCCUCAAACCUAACCACAACAAGCGUUACUACUAUUUCGACCGACGAUCAAAAGCGAAAGAGCUCUAUCGAGCAUCAUCAAAAUCAGACGGGUCACGAAAUGAACUGGGAAAACUUCAAUAUUCUUUGCCAUGAAUCACACAAAUACAAAUUAUUAUUAAAAGAAUCUUUAAUUAUCAAAGCAUACAAUACCGCACUUAAUAAAACAACCCAUUCAGUUCCACUUAUCAUAUAUCCAGAAGGACUCCCACCGAAUCAACUGCGCAAACCUUAAAGAUCCCAACAGCCAACCUAAACAAAACUAUCAUCUAAGUGUUGGUCAUGGAGAUGGUGCUGAAGAUGUCAAUUAA